AUGGCGGCUGUCCCUGGGCCUCCCAAGCGGAAGGUGAAUAAGUCACCUCAGAAACUCACUGCGGAUAUUCUGAGCUGCAAGGUGCCCACGUACUACAACGUUGGCAAAGCAUGGAAUGUUCUUGGAUAUUACGGAGCGCCCCGGCCAACGCUGCAAAACUUCGUCGACGAUGUCUCAGCUCUUUGGGAUCACCAAACCACGCUAAAAACCCCAAAGGGCCGGAAAGCCCGGGCGUACAUGCUCGAUGCUUUGAGAACAUUGGGGUUCCGCAACCCUGCUUUUCACACGGAGCGAGCCCCGUUGCGGUUGGAAGUCGGUGACCAGGAUGGCUCAUGGGGUGCCCUACCUGCUCCGUUUCGGGGAGGAAAUAAUUAUGGCAAGAGAGAUGCCCGCGAAUACCUGGCGGCAGUGGCGCCACGCGCUACUCCCAACGAGCCAGGCCGGAGGAGCAUAAUCGAGCGAGCAAUCCUGCUACCAGACUUCCAUUUGUUUUACGGACGCCGGGCCGCUAACUCGCGUGGUAGGUAUUUUAUUUAUCGACGUCACCGCCUGGAGAAUGGCAAACCCGUGGGUGGUAGCAGUCUCUGGCACUAUUGGGUGGUGAAAGCCCGGAUCUGGACGUACUUCAUGCAGGUCUUAAAGGACCCCAGCCAUGAGUUGUGGGCAGAAUACCAUCUCAUGCAACAUCUGUCCAAGACCGUGGACCCAAACUUCGGCACCCUCUCUAUGGCCCGGUCCCUGUACGCAGCUCCGUCUCAGGGCAAGGCCGCAUACCCCCACGAGGACCUGCUGCAUGUCAUUGCCGACUACUUUGACACCAAAAUCCAGGUAUACACCAGCGAGGCCACCGAAAGGCACAUAGACCAAUACGACCUCCCCGUCCACGCGACCUUCUACGGCCGACGCCCCGGCGGCAGCUCCUACCCGCACAUCCUCCUCGCGCGCACCCGCGCCGGCACGCAAUACAGCAUCGUCGAGCCCGACACCCACCCCCUCCACCAAACCCCAGGCUUCUCCGCGGCCCACCCCUCCCCCCCCAACCUCCCGGCCCACGCGCACUACCAACGCGACCACGAAGGCGGCACACCCCCACCAAUCCCCGGGCGCCACAACCGCAAUUCCCGCAUCCCGCACCCCGCGCCGCGCAACGCCCACCCGCCCUGCGAACAGGCGCGCUACAACUACUUCGCGCCCGCCCGACCGCCCGGGGAUGGAGCGCGUGGCGCACGCGCAUGGCGUCAUCCUGCCGGAGACGCCUCUGCCGCAUACGGUGUGGUAUCCGGUGCAAGAAGGGUCUUAAAACAAUGUGGAGGCAGUGCUGCCUUGAUCUUUGUCUCCGGAGCCAUGGGAGUAUGUGAUGAAAGACUGUCCCUCGGCAGGAGUAGUACUCGUUGCCCGUAUGGUUGCCAGCUAUCGGCUCCCUGCGCCAGCCUAGGAGCCUAUGAAAGAGUGUUUAACAGUGCCGUACGAGGAGCUAGGAUUGCCUUCGAGCCCGCCUUUCUGGGCAUAUAA